AUGGACCGACAAUCUACAAGAUCGGAUCAGGCGGUUCGUGAACUACUCACCUCCAACAUCUCACCGCCCCGCAUGCCAAGAACUAAAUAUGUGGAAUUCAACUUGAUGCUGAAAUUGAAAGUGAUUAUUGCACCAGAACAAGCCAUGACUAUGCCUGGACUUGUUCUAGACAGAAUCUCGGAAUAA